GAAGCGCUGGACUUAUGGCUUAGCUAGCUAGCUUUGUUUAGCUAAGUUGUUUUGUUUUUUUAUUUUAGUUUCAUUUUCAUUUGUUUCUUGGUCUCAUUAUUAAAUGGGUUUAGCGGGUUUACCAUGAAACUCCGGGCUCAGUAUGACAGGAGAUGUUCUAGUGAGUCCAGAAGAUUGUUGAAAUUUAAAGAAUCACCAACUGUAAUGCAGACUAACUCGAACGAACACAAUACUCAAGCAGGCAAUGGCUUAUCCCUAACUCUGCAACCUGAGUUACUAACAAGGACACCGGCGGCGGGUGGCUCGAACCCUGCUGAAACCGGGGACGUGCGUGUUCCGAUAACCGUCGCGCCGGGCGAGAGCAGCGGAAGGCCAGCGUCCCGACGACCGAGAACAGGCGCCCACAGUCACGCUCAUUCGCACAGCCACAGCCGCCCCCACUCACAUAGCGAGCCGGAGCCCGACACGGGAGAUUCGGAUUUGGAGUCCGGAGAGCCCAGCACGUCUCUCUCUGAACUGCGUUACCUCUUUCAAUGGGUUCAGAAAAGUCUUCCAUUCAUUGUGAUCCUUUGUGCCAAACUAAUUAUCCAGCACGCUCUGGGUAUAGCUGUUGGAGUUGGCAUGUUUACAACCUUCCUUUAUGCAAAUAAAAACAUUCAAAACCAAGUUUUUCUACAGGACCGACGUUCAAAGUUGCAGUGUGUAUGGCUGCUGUGCUUCCUUGUUUGUUCCACACUCCUGCUGUACUACACUUUUUACACAGAGACUUUAUAUUACUGCCUAAUAUUUGUGAGUCCAAGUGUUGAGUCCCUUGGCUUCUGGGAGGUAUUGUGGACUGUGGGCGUGACCAACUUUGUCGUGAAGUUCCUGUUCAUGAGUGUGAAGUGCCUUGUUCUUUUAUUGCCUUCCGCCCUCAUGACGUACAGAUCUCGGGGGCGGUGGUAUAUGCUAACGGAGGAGGUUGGCCAGGCUUACCAGACCGUUGCUCCCAUGCCAGUGUGGUUCCGUUUCUUGGUUACCUACCAAGAGGUGGAUGGCUCUGCUGGGCUAACCCUUGGCAUCCUGCUGGCAUUGGUCUACCUCAUACUAAAGCUUCUAGGACUCUAUGGGCUGUGGGGAUCCAUGCAGAAAACUGUGCGGAUAUUUUUCAGUGAUGAGCAUAGCGGAACAGCAGCCACCAAGAGCCAGUGCAGCGAGGCCGGGGAGGUGUGUCCAAUCUGCCAGGCAGAGUUCAGGGAGCCGCGAGUCCUCCUGUGCCAGCACAUUUUCUGCGAUGAGUGCAUCUCGCUGUGGUUCAACCGGGAGAAGACCUGCCCGCUCUGUCGCACUGUGAUCACAGACAAGGUCCACAAGUGGAAGGACGGGGCAACGUCCCCUUACCUGCAGAUCUAUUGAUCGUUUUUUACAUUUUUUUUUUUCUUGGAGAGGGGAAAAAACAAUCAUCUUGUACAUAAUUGCAAGGACAUUUUUUCAGUGAAAAGCCAUACAGGAAAUAAUGGCACAUUUCACUUCAGUUGUUGCUUUCAUGGUAUGCCUACACCCUUCCCAAUGUGAUGACUGUGUUGAUAGCAAUAUUCCCGUUUAUAAAGUUAACCAGCCUGACCUCCCCUCAAUCAAGGGCAACAACCAUUUGGCUUCCAUAAGCCAGGGUGUGAAUGCAAUCUUAAACUCAUAGGAUUUUGCCAUUUCUACCCACUGCGAGUCAUUUAAACAGUUCCAUAGAAUGUCCUGCUUCCCCAGCAUGUCCUUUGGUGAUGGAUCUCAGAACUAUAUUAUAUUUUGUGUUUAAUAUAAUUUACAUUUAUUUUGUGGAGUUCCAAUGAUCAUGUGUUCCAAGGGGUGAAUUCAACAUCUCAGUUGAUAAAUAUGUUGAGCAGUUGCUCAAGGUUAGUAGAACAGACAUAUUUCAAAGACGUAAAGAAAGAGGUAUAGGGUAUACAUUUAUAUUUCAGCUAUAGGUUUGAUAGAAACUCUUUCAUAUGUAUACUUGCAGUAUAGUAGGAGUUAAAAAAAAAAGCACUCUGGUACUUUCCUCCUUUUGAAUAAAGGUUUUCUUUUUUGUACAAUGAUUUACUGAUCAGACAGUUUUGUUUGUGGUCUUUGAAUGACCAUGUAUGGUGCACCCUAGAUUGUUCCAAACGUGACCAGCUAAAGAUCCAGCUUCCUAUUGUGCAUCGGUAUUCUUUUCAGGAUUGGCAGGUUCAUCUGUAUUUGAGAAACCACUGGGUUUUAAUACUGCAUAGUGUUUGAAGCAAUGCUGGUUUACUUUGUAUGUGUUACAACCGUAAGAAUCUGUACAAGGACCUCAACUCAAUCAUUGAUAUGUAAUGGCAAUGGUUCAGUUUAUAAUACCUUUAUUUAAUUUUAUGAAGCCUUGGUGAUUUUAUCUUUGUAGGUAUACUGAGAAGUUUUUAAGAUUCAAGACUUAAAAAUGCAUACUACAUUUACAUAAAUGUACAGAAUACAGUAUGUAAGAAAAUUACAAUUUUGAGUGAUUUUAUUUUUCUAAAGUGGUGGUAACAUCCUUUUUAAAAA